AUGGCAUUGUGGGGUCCUUCGAGAUCUUUGAUUAUAAAUUUAAUGUUACCCGCAAUGGCGUUACAGUCAGCCUGGUAAAGACCUUGACUACAACAACCAAGUGAGGACUGCGACAACCCUUUCUCUGAAAGCAUCCUCGGUAUCAGUGAAAAAUGGCUUCGAAACCAAAAGUUUACCAUUUUGAAGAAGUGGUGAAGCACAACGAGACCAAAGAUUGUUGGCUUAUUAUAUCUGGGAAGGUUUAUGAUGUAUCUGCAUUCAUGGAAGAUCAUCCUGGAGGUUCUGAAGUCCUAUUGGGUGCAACAGGGAAGGAUGCAACAAAUGAUUAUGAAGAUGUGGGUCACAGUGAGUCUGCUAAAGAAUUGAUGGCAAAAUACGCCAUUGGUGACAUCGAUGCAUCCACUGUUCCGAAAAAACGUACUUACAUUCCACCCAAGCAAGCUCCUUACAACCCUGAUAAGACUUCCGAUUUUGUGAUUAACAUUUUGCAGUUUCUUGUUCCGCUCCUGAUAUUGGGUUUAGCCUUCGCCAUCCGACAGUUCUCCAAGAAAGAGUAGUUAGUCCAUUGCACCUUACAGCAUGCUCUUUUGAAGGGCGAGUCAUUUGUCCACUCUUGAUUAAUAAAAAAGGAGAAUUUCUUCUCGUGAUUAAUAGUUUCUUUGAGAUGUUUGUCAGUUCAGAAUCCAGCAGUAAUUGUAGUAGUUUGAGGGUCUUUUCGUCCUAUUUAUGUCACUGAUUUCAGAACCAUUGUAGUUUUACCUUGGAUGAUAAGCAAGAUGGCUGUUUCAUACCUUCAA